ACAACCGUCUGGUGGGUGCGGGGGUCAGAGGUGCGCGCCUCCCGGGUCUUGCGGCUGGGAGGGCUGCGGGGGCGGCACUGCCCCCUGGCGACUUUCCCGGCCCGCGACAUGAGGGGCGAAAGGGCGGGCUGCUGGGGGCUGCAGUCAGUCCGUCAGUCGGCUGGCUCCUGGCGCCGCGUCUGCUUGGCCGUGGGUCGACUCCUCUCUGCCUCAAUUGCUCUGGCCUCUCUGGAGACCUGUCCCUGGGGAGUGCAAGGAGCCCCAUGCCCUGCAAUGGCAGUGUGGCCAGGGAGGACUUUGACCCAGAGGACCUGAACCUGACUGAGGAGGCGCUGAGACUUAAGUACCUGGGGCCCCCGCAGACAGAGCUGUUCCUGCCCAUCUGUGCUACUUACCUGCUGAUCUUUGUCAUGGGCACCGUGGGCAAUGGGCUGACCUGUCUGGUCAUCCUGCGUCACAAGGCCAUGCGCACACCCACCAAUUACUACCUCCUCAGCCUGGCCGUGUCAGACCUGCUGGUGCUGCUGGUGGGCCUGCCCCUGGAGCUCUAUGAAAUGCGGCACAACUACCCCUUCCUGCUGGGCACUGGCGGCUGCUACUUCCGCACGCUGCUCUUGGAAACAGUCUGCCUGGCCUCUGUGCUCAAUGUCACUGCCUUGAGCGUGGAGCGCUACAUGGCUGUGGUGCACCCACUGCAGGCCAGGUCCAUGGUGACAAGUGCCCAUGUGCGUCGGGUGCUGGCUGUGGUUUGGGGCCUUGCUGUGCUGUGCUCUCUGCCCAACACCAGCCUGCAUGGCAUCCAGCAGUUGCAUGUGCCCUGCCGGGGCAUUGUGCCCAACUCGGCCAUGUGCAUGCCGGUCUGCCCGCGGGCCCUUUACAACCUAGUGGUGCAGAUCACCACGCUGCUCUUCUUCUGCCUGCCCAUGGCCACCAUCAGCGUGCUCUACCUGCUCAUCGGGCUGCGACUGCGGCAGGAGACGCUGCUGCUCAGGCAGAAGGCCAAGGGCAGGGGUGCUGCAGUGGCUGGGUCCAGAGACACCCACAGGCUCCAGCUGCAGGAUAGGGGCCGGAGACAGGUGACCAAGAUGCUGUUUGUGCUGGUUGUGGUGUUUGGCAUCUGCUGGGCCCCGUUCCACGUUGACCGCCUCAUGUGGAGCUCUGUGUCCGACUGGACAGAGGGCCUGGACCUGGCCUUCCAGUAUGUGCACGUCGUCUCUGGUGUCUUCUUCUAUCUCAGCUCGGCCGCCAACCCUGUGCUCUACAGCCUCAUGUCCAGCCGCUUCCGAGAGUCCUUCCAGGAAGCCCUGUGCCUUGGGACCCGCAGCCACAGACCCCGCCACAGCUCCGACAACCUCAGCAGGGUGACCACGGGGAGCACCCUGUGUGACUUGGGCUCUCUAGGCAGCAGGGCUCACCCCUUGGCUGAGAACGGUGGCCCAGAGGAACAGCAAGAGACCAAACCCUCCUAAGUGGAGCCUCAAAAUGGCUUCACCUGUAGGGGCCAGAGGGUCACAUGAAGUCUGAGGAGACAUAGCUGCCUUCCUCUGCAGGGAUGUCCUUGUGUCUUGUCCUCCUGUGUGUCCUGUCCCCAAUUCAGCCAAGAAACUCUGCACCUCUGUGACUCCUGGUUCUACCUAUGUAUAUGAGAUUUGAGGGGAAGAGCAAGAGAAAGGGUCCGUCCCCAAUUAUUGAGGGCGCACAUUGUGCCAGGUACUGUAUUGUGUGCCUUUGAUCCCUACAAACUCCCAUACCCCAGUUAAAGUCCUUCCUCUGUAGAUGCACUGCAAUUAGCUAGACUCAGCAGCCCUCCUUCUGGGGACUUCCCCCCACCCCGGUUCCUACUGUGUUUCUGUGGGGCCCUUGCUUCCCUCCUCAUGUCUCAUGGCCCUUUGGCUGUGGUUUUCUGUAUGAGUGCAUAAGUCACUGCUUAUAAUGAAAUCAGCUGAUACCCCCGAUUGACAGGGCAGAAAUUAUUCUCUGCAUCCUUAUCACCUCUGCUUUCUCCCUGACCUCCACACGACCCCUAGACCCAUGGCCAGUUCUUUGCUUGUCCUAGGGCAGGUGGGGUGGGGCCAGUGUGGGAGUGCCUCUGCCUCCAUGCUGCUCACCUACACACAGGCUAGGGCAAAGGGUCUCUGGGGACAAGAGACACAGACAGCCAAGGGCAAGGAGUGACCCUGUGGGGAAAGUUCUGCUGGGUUCAAAGAAGUGGGAAAAGGAACAGGGUUGAGUAACUCCGGAAAACUGAGUUCCAUCCUGGAUCCCUGUGGACCAAAUUGGUGCUCAGUCAGGACUGAACCAGUAGAUGAGGUCUGCCCCAUUGCAAGUCCCUGGGUCUUGUCCUCUUGAAGGCAUCUGCGGCUGGGAGCUGCAGAAUGACACAGGGUCUAUAGGUCCAGGUGUCCCUGCAGACAGUUUCCCAGCCUGUGCCCCAUGUUCUCUGUCUGAAAGUGGAAGAGAUGAUACAGGAUUGCAGAUAAUGUCAUUUAGUUUUUAAAAUUAAAACUAAGCCAGGUUCGUUGGCUUAUGCCUGUAAUCCUAGCACUCUGGGAGGCUGAGGUGGGUAGAUUGCUUGAGCUCAGGAGUUUGAGACCAGCUUUCUCCCUGAAAGAGGAACAGCAAGAGAGCUCUGUGAGAGCUCUCAUUCUGCUGAGCCAGAAUGAGACCCUGUCUUUAAAAAUAGCCAGGCGUUGUGGCCAGUGCCUGUCGUCCCAGCUACAUGGGAGGCAGAGGCAAGAGAAUCACUUAAGCCCAAGAGUUUGAGGUUGCCGUGAGCUAUGACGCCAUGGCACUUUACCAAGUGUGACCAACUGAGACUGUGUCUCCAAAUUAAUUAAAAUAAAAUUCAGUUGUAAAAAUAAGAAAUUCUCAUUGUAGAAAAUUUAGAAAGUGCAAAUAAGCAAAGAUUAAAAUAAUUUUUUUUUUUUUGCGGUUUUUGGCCGGAGGUGGGUUUGAACCUACCACCUCUAGCAUAUGGGGCUGGCGCCCUACCCCUUUGAGCCACAGGUGCUGCCCAAAAAUUAAAAUAAUUUUUUUUUUUUUCGUAGAGACAGAGUCUCACUUUAUGGCCCUCUGUAGAGUGCCAUGGCAUCACACAGCUCACAGCAACCUCCAACUCCUGGGCUUAAGCGAUUCUCUUGCCUCAGCCUCCCAAGUAGCUGGGACUACAGGUGCCCACCACAACGCCCAGCUGUUUUUUGGUUGCAGUUCAGCUGGGGCUGGGUUUGAACCCGUCACCCUCGGUAUAUGGGGCCGGCGCCUUACCGACUGAGCCACAGGCGCCGCCCCAUAAUUUUUAAAAGUGUAAAACCUCCCUUGCCAGGGACUGGGGGAGGGAGAAGUGGGUAGAUGUUUAAUGCAUGCAGAGUUUCAGUUUUGCAAGAUGAAAAAGUUCUAGACAACUGUUGCACAACAAUGUGAAUAUACUUAAUAAUAUUAAACUG